AUGCUUCGCCCUAUAAUCUCUCUCCUCUUCGCCGCGACCGCGUUGGCACAAACACCAGCAGGGAGCUACGCCCACACUAAGCAUAACCUCGGCGCAGCCUAUCAGAACGCGACAAUCACCCCUGGAACCUGGAUUAGCCCUGAUGACGUCAGCGAUCAACCCGCCAUCUGGCCUUCCAGCAUGAAAAUGCGCCAGGAUACCAAGUACAUGCUCAUCAUGCUGGAUCUCAAUAUCCCAGACUCCGACGUCACCACUGCUGCAUACUAUGACACAUUAGUUCCCGGUUUGGCUGCAAACACUACGACACGUGUUCAUUGGUGGGGUGGCAACUAUACUAUUGAGGAUGGCAAAUUCGUCAACUCGAGCGAUAGUCUUGCGCCGUACACUGCGCCCCGUCCGAGGGAUAGUACCAACCACACUUACGCCUUGUAUUUGUUUGAUCAGCCUGCUGGAUAUGUUCCGUCUAAGGCUGCGCUGGAUGGUACUUAUUACUCCCAAAGCACCAAUGCGCGGUUCAACUUUAGUUUGACUCCGAUUUUGGAGGCGGUUGGGGAGCCUGUUGCGGCGACUUACUUUUUGAGUGACGAGGUUUAG